AUGGUCAUCUACGUCCAACUCAUCCGCGAGCACACUAUCAUCAUCAGCUCAGGAAGAAUGGGUUCUCCAUGGCUGAUCUGGUAUCUGCAAGAUCGGAAAAAGGACGUUAUUCAAUUAUCGUUAAUACCAAAGAAAAUUAGAGAUGUGGGCUGUGUUGUUACAUUAAAGUGGAAUUAUAUAAAAUUAAAGAAAAUUAUCCAACGGAAAGCGAAAGUGCUAGCUAUUAGCGAAUCAAGUUUGAAGCGAGACUCAACAGGAGUUUUCCGGGUCCCGCGCCCACGACCACGGGAGCAGAACCAACCUUCUUCAAGCCAACCAAACGUACCAGAUUCAAGUUGGGUACGCGACUCAACUGGAUUUUUAUGGGUCCCACGAUCGAAGCCACUGAAACAUAACCAACCUUCUUCAAGCCAACCAAGCCAAACAGUGUUCAGUUCACAAAAUGACUUACCUGAAAUUUUCCUGGACUCGGGCUCACACUCGCCCGAAUGCAACCUAUCCUCUUUGAUCCAAACAAGCCGAUCAGCUGACCAAUCUACCUUGCGUGAAAUAGGGCACACAGGAAUGCCUGAAGGAAAUGUUCGGGUGGAUCGACAUGAGCAGAUCUUUAUUCCUGGUGAGAGCCAUUUUUAUCUCCAAGCGCCAGAUAAUCGUGUCAUUGCUGCAACUUUAAAGCUAGCCUACCUGGUAAAUGGUGUUCCUAGCUGGUUAAAUGUAAAAAUUUCCUGUAGAAAAGUAGAUUCACCUGAUCGCAUUUUCCUCUACAAUCACGGUUUGCAAAAUACUUUUCUAAAAGGGGAAAUCAGUGAAAAUGAACCUCAGAAUAAUGACAGUUAUGUUAAAGGAUACAAGUGUUUUAUAAAAACAGAAGACAAAAGGAUUCUUUACGGAGCAGAUCUUGUGCAACUUCCUGCAGGCGAAGAGAUGACUUUGCCUACAAGGACAGCCGUUUAUGUACGAGUACCAGGAAGCAACCUUAUCUAUGCGGGGGUGCUAAAACCUCUUGGAUUUCUGAAUGCACCUAGGUGGCUUACUCGGUAAAC